AUGGUCGUCCAACGUACACCACCUCAGGUACGCAGAUCACCGCGCAAGGGCAGCGUCGUGCCAUCCGAGGCUCCGGUGACAUCCCAACCACAAGAGACUAGCAGAAUCGUCUCUUCCACACCGUCGACCUCAUCGCGGAUUGAGCCAUCAACACCUGUACCACAUACGGCCGCUUCCGAUUUCCCCAGUCUUGAUCAGAUGGCCGCCGUCUCCAAGGAGCAGCGUUCUGUCACGCGCCCAAGCGCCAACCGUGCUGCUUUUGCCGCCUCCUUCCCCGCUACCAGCCUUGCCCAAGUGCCAAGCUCGCUUCCGCGGCCCACAGCUCCGGUACGCACCAUCCGUAUGGAUGAAUCCAGCGACGAUAAUCAGCGCGCGCGUGCAGCGCGUAGCUCGCUCACCAACGGCGCCCUCCAAAGGGUCCGUCAAGAGGCGGGCGACGAGACGCCCCUCGGCGUGUCUCAGGCUAGAGCAUCGCGUCAGGCACUAGCUGCUACGGCUUCGGCAUCAGCAUCAUCCUCCAAAGCAAACAGAUCGCUACUUGCGGAUAACAGUGGAGACAGCACUGCCCAGCUUGUUCCGGGACGUCGCGAUGCCGCACUCAACCCCCUUCUCGCUAACAUCGACGUCGAGAACCCGCAAAUGCCCAGUCUCGUACAUUCUACUGUGCUGCCCAGAUCGACAGCUCUACAGUCUACGCAGUCAAAUGCACAAAGUGUUGCACCGUCAACGAUUGAUGCCGCCGACGCUGCUGCUGCUGCUGCUGCUGCUACUGCCCCCUCCGAUAGCUCAAUCGCGUCGCAAGCUUCCAUCUUUGGUACCGCCAAUCGUCGCAACGGGCGCGAUCAACCCGUCGGUGCAGCUAGUGCAGGCACCGCGUAUGACUUUAGCAAGUAUCUCGACGGCGAGCUUGAUCCUUUCAACCGUGCUUCGCGUGCUGAUCCGCGCCGCGAAUCGCGUCCAUUGCCAGCUCUGCGGCAUAACAAUGUGAACGAGGAUGCUGUUGCUGCUGCUGCUGACACAUCCGGGGAUACCACUGCGCGCGGAGGUCUAGCUGCAUCUGCCAAAGAUGUCCUGGCCAAAACACCCAUCGAAUCGACUCCACUACCCAACCGAGUGAAAACAGUAGCGGCAGCAGCGGCCACAACACCACGUAUGAGUCCCCAUGUCGGCCCAAGCGUCUCAAGCCGCAAACUCGCGCAUCUUUCCUCGCUCGCCAACGGGCACAUUGCACUUGCUUCCAGCAACUCUGUCCAGUCUGCCGCUGUCGAUGAUACUUCCACGGUCUCGCUUGCCGCCGCGUACAACCGCUUCGACCCUUCCGCACGCACAGAUCGCAUUCAAACCAUGGAGCUUGGCGAGCUGCGCAAGAAGGCCACGGCGCUCUCACUCGAUCUGGCUGCUGCGCAAGACGCUCUUGCCUCGGCAAAGGAGGAAACAGAAGGCUGGGCAUCCGAAUGCACCGGGCUACAGGAGCAGAUUGCCACACUUAAAGCCACACACGGUGCUGCUAGCGAACGCGAAGCCCGUGCACGCAACGAGCUGCAGGUGCGCCUCAACCAGUACAAGAUCGAAGCCGACGACCGUGCAUGGAAGCUACUCGCGCAGCGCCGACAAGCGUGGCUGAUCGACGUCGCGUUGCAGCAUGCCAAGAACGAGGCCACGUAUCAUGAAGGCAGAUAUCACGCCACAGAGGCAGAGCUCGAAGGUCAGAAGGAUGAACUCCGCAUCCGUCUCAUGCUCGAGAAGAAACGCGCUGAUCUGCUGGCUUUGCACGUCAAGGCGGCACUUCGUGACGGAGCACGUCUCAAGAAACGGCUCGGCGUCAAGUCUGCUGCGUUGCACGACUUGCAAUCCGAAAACCAGAGGUUGGAGGAUGAGCUGGAAGACGCGCGCCAUUCACAACGCUCAACGGGGCAUACUAGUGACAAGAGUGAGAUGAAAGCUCUCAAAAAGCAGCUUGAAGAGGCACAAGCCGAGAUAGAGACUCUCAACGAACGAGAUGCCAUGAUGGCUGAAACGCGUAAGAAGUGGAAAGCGGAGCGAAGGCAGCUGAUGGCUCAGGUAGAAGAGCUUUCUUCUGCAGCAGCUGCUCCCAUCGCCAAGGCCGCAGAAGCACCGAAACCAUUCAAGUCGACCAAAUCGCUUGUCUCGAGCGCCGCCACCGCCACCGCCGCCGCUGCUGCUGCUCACAUGCUGCCACCUUCCUCGCCGGUCUAUGCCAGGAAGAAGAAGCCCAUGCAGGGCGCAUCCGAGCUCGAACCGCCCUCCGAAGCCGAGGAAGUCUAUCAACGGUUUACUGCUGCGACCACGACUACGACUGCUCACAAAGCAAGCAGCGCGAGCGCUAGCAAGACGAGUGAUCCUCUUGUGCCAUUCGCCCGGAUUUCGGGCAAGACUGCUUCCGCAGCAACUAAGAAUGCAGUCAAGCCGACAACGAAACCCGCCGCUGCGACAUCCAAGACAAAGUCGAGCAAGAACUGGCGUGACGAUGUGGCCAUCACUGACUCGUCUGAAGAGUCGGACCUGGAUGCUGACGAUGGCGCGAAGCGAAAGGGCAGAGCAAGCAAGCCAAAAUCGAGCAGUACGGCAGCGACCAAGCGAGGCAGUACCAAAUUGAGCUCCGGCAUAGGCGCAGGUGCACGCAGGAACAAAGCGUCCAUGCCGAUCGAAUACGACGAUCAAACCGCCGAUCCGUCAGCGACGCCCAUCAUCCGAUCCACGAAACGCACUGCACAAGAGAGCGAGGACGAUGAUGGCGCACUGCUCGACUCAAGUGUGCUUGGUUCCAAGUUCGGACGCGAUCGCACCAACCUUGUGGCACCACUCGCGCAGAAGUCGAAACUUACCGGUGGUCUCAAACCGAUGGUCGCUUGCACAGCAAACGGCGCGACAGAUGCUGGUGUGGGCAAGAAGAAAAAACGCAAGUUGCUGGGAGGCGGCGGCGCGGCAGGAGCGAUGCAGUGGAGUGACGCAGGUGGGCUGGCGCCUAACUUUGAUAUCCCGCUCGAACUAUCGCCUAUCAAGGGACCUAGCAAGGGUAAUGCGGGGGGAGCGGCUGCUUUCCUGACCGGAUUCGGGAUGCCUGCUCGGAACCCGUUAGCUUGA